AUGGCUAAUUACAAUUUAACCACUUCGUUUGACUCUGAUCUGAAUGACAAUUUCUCUAAUGAUAAAAACAUCACUUUAAAUUCAAUAGAUCCUGAUAUCUUCAACAAUAUCUUCAACCAGUCCGUUUUCAAACUACCAGAAGUUAAUCAGUUUAUCAAUCUCCAGCAUUCUUACACAAUAAUGCAUUUUAACAGCCGAACCGCACCUGUCAUCAACCCUCAUGUUGCCACACGUGGUUCUUUGGCGUCGGUCUCGGAGAGUCCCUCCCAAGUAGAUUUUUUUCAUCUUUUUGACAGGCUGACGGCCGUUUUGAGGACUGCUCAUCUGUAUGAUCACGUUCCCAAACCGUGUAGAGACAAGGUAUCUAAAGCAUUGUCGGCUUUAUUGACGGCCGUUUGUGACGAUCCCUGCGACGCGGCCCAUUGGUGCAGGCUCCAAUGUUUUUUCACAUUUGUUUUGUUCAAGCCCACCAGGGGCGGUCGCAGGAUUAAUCAAGCCAAUUACGUUUUUGAACGUUGGAUUAGUGCAGUAACUACUCGGAUCGAACAGGGCAGUCUCUCGGUGGCUGUCAGACUUGCUUGUUCGCUCGUGGGCAUAGCGGAGAACUCGUCUGAGACACUCGCUAAACUCAAGGCUAUUCAUCCCAGUACUCCAUUGAACAGAUUUGCCCUCAAACGUGUCUCUCUUCUCCCGGUCCACGACGCACUGACUAUCAUCCGAGGCGCCCUCAGUUUGCCGAAAUUGAUGUAUUUUUUGCGCACAUCCAACUCUGUUAAUGCGGCCAUUUUGUGCGAAUUUGAGGGUGCUCUGCGGGCCUCAAUUCCGGUUUUAAAGAAACCGUCGGGCAUUGCGGCGCAUGAUGGUAAGCGUCCUGACGGAUGUACCUUGAUUCCUUGGAGAGCCGGCAGGUGCUUGGCGUGGGACGUUACCGUUCCGGGCACCUUUGCUGAGCGCUACGUGCAGCUUACUAGCAAAGAAAGCGGUUUGGCUGCAACCAGGGCAUCUGAUGAAAAGAUCAAGAAGUAUGACGAAGCUCUCCCCUCGAUGGAGUUUUUACCGAUUUGUAUCGAGGUCCUCGGCCCCAUGGACCGUAACACAUCCAAGUUUUUCAAUCACAUUUGGAAACAUAUUAGUAUUAGGUCAGGUGAUAGUAGGGAGUAUUUUUUCGUUAUGAAUAAUAUUUCGUGCAUUCUGCAGCGGUUUUUGCGCGUCUGUGUGUAA